GGCGGCAGCGGGACUGCCAGCGCGGAGGAGGUGCGGGGUAUGGCUCCGCCGGCGACGAGCGGGAUCCCGCCGAUUGCUCCCUCGCUGGGCCCGACGGCCGUCUGGCUGGGGAACCGCUCCGAUCUCGGUGAUGUACAGGCCUUGGCAAGCCAUGAUUUACCGACAACUACCGUGAUGACUGGCAAUAAUAGCAAGCCUGAGCACCUGGAGUAUGUUGCCUUUGUAUUGGUGCCUGUUUUCUUCAUCAUGGGUCUCUUGGGGAUCCUCAUCUGUCACGUCCUUAAGAAAAAAGGGUAUCGUUGUACAACAGAGGCUGAAGAAGUAGAGGAAGAGGAGAAGCCUGAUGAAAAAAUAGAAAUGAAUGAAACUGCGCAUGAGAAUAGUGACACUGUAGGACAAAUUAUUAACUACAUUAUGAAAAAUGAAGCAAAUGCUGAUGUGUUAAAGGCCAUGGUAGCAGAUAGCAGUGUCUUUGAACCCGAAAGCCCCUUGUCUCCUAACACUCCUGGAAGUCCAACAAGUCCAGGGUCUCCUUUGUCACCUGGUGCUGCUCCACUUAAACACAGCUGCAAAGGCCAUCACUUACAUACUGUUGGAGGAGUAAUAGAGAAAGAUGUUUGUUCUCGCUGUAGCCACAAACGAUGGCAUCAUAUAAAACCAGCUCACAAAUCCAAAGAGCACAGAAGAAGUCGCCUUGGAGAGGUUACAGUACUUUCUGUGGGAAGGUUUAGAGUCACGAAAGUGGAGCACAAAUCUAAUUCCAAAGAACGGAAAAGCUUGAUGUCUGUUACUGGGGUGGAGGGCCUCAAUGGUGACGUGCCUGCCACACCUGUGAAACAGGAAGCAAAAGAAGCACCUGCCACACCUGUGAAAGAGGAGACGCAAGAGAGGAGAAGCUCAGAGUGAACUGCAGGUGGAACUUCUAGAAGAAGUUAGUCAACUAGCACUUUGGAGAAAACAGAGGACUCCCAAGAAAUGCAUUCUUAUUUAAGGAAGUGUGUUUAUGGCACUGUAGCAUUUUACAAACUUUGUGAUGGCAUCCAUGCAAGGUUAAAUACUUACUGAUUUUUACUGGUGAAAAAAAAUUAAGAUUUACACAUACACACUGUUGGGCAGUGUGGACCUCAUACCAAAAGCUGAGCUUCAUCUUCAAAAUCAAAAGUACACACAUUUUUUUGGACAGGGAAGGUAAAAAGUCUUACCAGAUAAUUUUUUUUCUUCAUACUUUACCCCUCUAGUCCAUCUGGAUUUUUUAACUCUGUUCUUCCCUUCCGGAGCUCACAAAUACUCACUGAAGAUGAAAUUCAGACUACGGAAGAUGAAAAAUACUCUAUUAAUCUAAAUUUUAGUAGCCAAGCAAACCACACAAGAAAAUAAACGUUUUCAGUCAAAUCUGCAUGUGUGCAGACAUGCAGAAGUAUGUAAGCCUUUCUGACUCUGUGACAGGUAACUCACAGCACAGAAUGGCUUAGCUAUACGCAAAUGUUAAAUGAUACUGUUGUCCUUAUUCCUAUUACCUUAAUAACUAUUUAAUAUUAGGCUAAAAAGUGUCUUCUUCUAUGCACUUGGUUGAGCUUUUGGAAAGGUCACUUUCAUUAAGACCAUUUGUUCUCCAAUUUUCUUGUAACUACUUAGUCGUAUUUGCAGUCGUAUUGCCUCAUGGCUUUGCCUUUCUCUUUUGUUUUUUACCCACAGGUUCCUUAUUAAGCUAAGGCAACAUAUUUGAACCACUAGAUAAGGAUAUGGAAUAUUUGUCAUUAAAAAUUUAUGGAGUAUGUACUGAAGCACUUCAGAGUGGCUUCAGAGGGUAGCAGUUCUCAUGGCACCGAAAUCUUAAGCCAUUGUUUCACUGCCUUAAUAUUUUGAGUGUGAUCUACUGCUAACAAUACCAGUGAUGGUUUUGUGGUGUUAUUUUUGUGUCUACUUAUUAUGACCUUUACAAUCUUAAUGCUUUAUUUUGGUAAGGCAGGGGGAGGGGACAUUUGCAAUACUUCAGCAAAUUUUGCUAUGUGAAAGAAACUGAAAAAUAACAUAUUCUCCAAGUGCCUAAGAAUAUAAGCUGUAAGGUAAUACAACGUAGUAGAGAUUAUGCUAUUUUCUGAGAACUAUACAUUAAUUUAAUCUAACCUAUGAACUCUAUAAAGAUCAGUGCUUCUUUUGAAAUUGAUUUGUUUUAAAUUGCUUUUGAUCCUUUUUGUCCAAGUGUUCUGAACUGUGUUUUUCUUUCAGAUCUGAGAAUCUUCAUCAGCUUAUGUAAUGUUAACAAUGUGUACAUGUAUUAAAUUCAUAUUAAUUUUUUUUUAACCAUAUUAGGUACUCCCACAUCUUGUCAGAGAACUUUGUUUGAUGGUUGCUGGGAAGUAUGUGCUGUGAUUGCCUUCCUUGUAUCAAUUAGAUAUUGAUAGAUCCAAUUGUAGAACAGCUUGGGUUGGAAGGGGUCUUAAAGAUCAUCUAGUUCUGCAUCUCCUGCCCUGGGCAGGUUUACUGCUUGCUAGGUCUGAACGCUUCUCAGAGACACCAUAUUUGGUUGGGGGAGGAACAAACAAACAAAAACAACAACAACAACAAACAAACCGCAACAAAGAUCCUGAAAAGAAAUGAUGGUUUAUUGUGCCUUUUAGAAUUGAUGUUUUUAGAGAGAACUGCUCAUUCUUGAGUACCUUAAAUAACUCUGACCAGGACUGGUACUUGAGUGUUUAGCAUCCUUGCUGUCAUUAAUUUAAGUCUGGUUUAUAAAAUCUCUUUGAUAUUUAACAAACUACGAAGCUUGCCUUAUAGGCAUACAUUUGAUAGAUUCUUGAUUUUAUAUAUUUUUUUCCUUCUUCAAACUUCACUUGAUUUCAAUAAAAAGCUAUUUAUUCUAGAAGAGUUUAAUUAGUGUUGGUUAUAAUAGUUAGCUUUCAAUUUCCAGUAGAUUGAGAGCUAUGAGUAUAAAAUGUUAUUGGAAAAAGGGAGUAUUGGGCAAAGCCGAGCAGUUUUAAACAGUUUUCAGAAAGAAGAUGUACAGUUACAGACUGUCUCAAAAAGCUUUAAAAAAAAAAAAAGUUUUUAAUUUGAUGGUAUUGUGUUUUAAUACAUAGUAAGCUAAUAUUGCAAGGUAACAUACUGAAAUAAUUCAAAAGAAGCUUGAACAAAAAUGUCCUAUUUUUUUACUUAAUUUAAAAGUACUUCCUAUUUUGAUUCCAUUUAAUUAUGUAGAUAAAAUCAAAAUGUGUUGGAUAUGUAAAACAUUGUUUGCCUGUAUAACUUACUUACAUAAGGUAUUUUAAGACCUGGUUUGUGUGAGAACUGAAUUUGUACAUUGCUUCUUCAAUAAGAAGAUUUAGAAGUGGUGCCUGUUUUUACUGCCUUUAACACUACACUUUGCAGUUUUGUAGUGAUAUGGACAUUGCCAUAUUAGUCAGCCUUUCUUCAAUUUGCAUACCGGAUGUAUUUUUAACAAAGUAGUUUAUAUACAACUUUUGUACUACCAAGCAGAUAAUAAAAGAUUGAUUCUUAAACUC